AUGGCUGGGGAAGAAGCUAAGAUAAUGGUUGAAGAAGAAGCUAAGGGUUUGGAUUACAUACCUGAGGUGAUACUGAAGAAGAGGAAGAACAGAGAUGAGCUUGCUUUUAUCAGAAAGAAGCAACUAGAGUUGGGAAAUUUCAUCAAGAAGAAAAAGAAAGUUGCUGAUAUCAAACGGCCUGAAGAUUUCGUGCUAGAGUUCAGGGCUAAGGAAUUAGAUCUUAUCCGGAUGAAGCAGAGAGUAAAGAGGCCAAAGUCAACUCCUCCACCAGUAAAAUCAAACCUCGUUUUCAUCGUUCGCAUACAAGGCAAGAAUGAUAUGUGCCCAAAGACCAAGAAGAUUCUUAACAGUUUGCGACUAAGGAGCACCUUUACUGGUGUAUUUGCCAAAGCAACUGAUGGUUUGUUCGAAAAGCUUCUGAAAGUUCAGCCUUACGUCACUUAUGGUUACCCGAAUGAAAAGAGUGUUAAGGACCUCAUAUACAAAAAGGGUUACACAAUAAUAGAGGGGAAUCCUGUUCCUCUUACCGACAACAACAUAAUCGAACAGGCUCUAGGAGAACACAAAAUGUUUGGCAUAGAAGACCUAGUGAAUGAGGUAGCAAGGGUGGGUGAUCAUUUCAGAGAAGUUAUGAGAUUCUUGGGACCCAUGAAACUCAACAAACCGGAGGCCGGUGUUUUGCACGGGAAGAAACAAGUUUUCAGCGAAGGAGGAGAUACUGGAAACCGCGAAGAUAAGAUCAACGAUCUCAUCGUCAAAAUGAAUUAG